UAGUGCGCGCGCGUGGGGUUGUGGCAACGUGUAUUCACUGCACCACAACGACCAAUUUGAGAUUUGCAUGCGCCGUGCUUUCAGGAUUUCUGCUCUUCUGUAAUUGUUGGUGUAAGAUGGUUUAUACAGAAGAAUAUAUUAAAUCGAAAUUAAUUAAAGAACUUGAAGCAUCACAUGUUGAAGUUCAUGAUGAAUCUGAUGGUUGUGGUGCCAAAUUUAGUGUUCUAAUAGUGUCAGAUAAAUUUGAAGGGAAGCCUCUUCUUCAAAGGCACAGGUUGGUCAAUUCAGUACUUGAAGAGGAACUGAAAACAAUACAUGCUUUCUCACAGAAGACAUUAACAACAAAGCAGUGGCAGGAACACAAAUCUACAUAAUCUUUUUGUUCAAUAGGUGUCAUUAUUGAACAAUGU